AUGGCUAGCUCGCAAGAUGCAAAACGAGCCGUGGUGGCCAUUGGAGAGAAGUAUGGAUUCGUCGGCGAAGACAUCAUGGAACAGAUUGGGCAGUGGAACCCAAGCAUCAGGCGGACCAUCGAGGAGAGCAUGCUCGCCAAGGACAAGCUGGCAGCGCACUCGAUCAAGACCCUGGCGAAAAACAUCUAUGGAAGCGACGCACGCUUCGUCUUCGAGUUGCUUCAAAACGCUGACGACAAUCGCUUCACUCGCGCCAGGGCCAACGGCGUCCUUCCGUCCAUCUCGUUCCACGUUCACCCGCACCGAAUCGUGGUCGAAUGUAAUGAAGACGGCUUUACCGAGAAGGAUCUGCGCGCCAUCUGCUCCGUCGGCGAGAGCACCAAGUCAGCUUCUCGUGGCUACAUUGGCGCCAAGGGCAUCGGCUUCAAAUCCGUCUUCAUCGCCGCAUGGAAAGUUGCCAUUCAAUCCGGUCACUUCUCCUUCUACUUCAAACAUGAGAAGGGCGAUCUCGGUCUAGGCAUGGUCCUUCCCGUAUGGGAGAACCAGGCCGCUGCGCUGCCUGGGCCACUCACCCGUAUGACGCUUCACCUCCACGAGCAAGGGGAAGCGCAGGAGCUGGAGCACCUCCGACAGACCAUCUUCAGACAGUUGAGCGAGCUACAGCAUACCUCACUGCUGUUUCUGCGCAACCUCCGGCAAAUCAGCGUUGCUUUCUACGACGAGGAUGGCGGGCUGAAGAGCUCCAAGAACUUUCGCGUAGGCGAUGAGCGUGACCAUACAGUUCUUCUCGAGACCACCUCAACGCGUAGUGCGAGUGGGAACGGCAGCCAAACCUCAACCGAGAAUAAGCAAUAUCAUGUCACACGCCAUAUGGCCACGAACCUCUCAAAAAGCGACAAUCGCGAUUCGGCUAAUAACACAGAAGCCGAGGUGGUGCUCGCGUUUCCCCUGACAAGUGACUCACAGCCACUCAUUGAGCAGCAAGAGAUAUUUGCCUUCUUACCCAUCAGGGAGUCAAAUUUCAAGUUCCUCAUUCAUUCCGAUUUCGACACGAGCGCCAGUCGACAAGACAUCGUUUCCACUUCCUUGAGAAAUAAGAGCCUCAUCGAUGGCAUCGCCGCAGCGUUCAUAAAGGCCGUCUUGCAAUUCUGCGAGCACCCAAGCCUGUGCUACACCUGGCCACAAUUUCUCCCCUCCACGACGGAUAAAUCAAGCGCAUUCUGGUCCAGCCUGGUGCAGCGGAUCGAGGACCUCGUGUCUCAGACACCCAUUCUCAGGUCACGACAUAAAAGAGGUCUCCGGACAAUCAAAAAUGUUCACAUCAUUGCUACCAUUGCCGCCGACAGUGACGGGGCCUCGCUGUUCGAUGACUCUGUACUGGACCCCUUUAUCUCCACGGCAUAUAAGAGGGCUUCGGUUGAAGCCCUGAAACCAUACGGGCUGCAUGCAUGCCAUUUUUUUAUCAUCCGCAAUCUUCUUGAGGCCGAUCUUGCCAACUCUCAGUCAAGAAUGAAGUCGCCCUCGACCAGCGAGGACUGGCACUCAGCAGUUGCACGGCUCUUGACAUUCUUCUUCACUGAAAAAGUGAAGACAGCCAUUUCUAAGCUGAGGCUUUGUGUUAUACUUCCUUUGAAUGAUGGCCUGUGGGUCUCUGCCAACGACGGAGUCAUCUAUCUACCAACAACUGCCGGGAUCCCAAUCCCGCCGGGCGUAAAAAAGCAUGUCCUAGACUCCACAGCUGUUGCCAAUGCGGACCGCAGAGCUCUUUUCGAGCAUCUAGGCGCUGUGGAAGCAUCUGUCUCGGAGGUCCGCAAGUCCGUCUUAGAGGCUCUGUACAGUCCGUCUUCGCCCAAACAUGUCGACGUCGAGAAAUCCAGGGCCCAACUCCAUUUCUUAUACCUCUCUCACAAUAGCAGGCAACGUGGUGAAAGGCUUGGUCAGAUUCUUCUCUACAAAGAGAACAAUGCCACUGGGAAGACAGAUGAAGAAGAUUUCUACCUGCACAGCAAUGACCCGUACGGGCCGGAAGCUCUCCUGGGGCCAACUGAUACUUGGCCAGGCCUUGAAGUCACGUUUCUUCAUCCGGCAUACCUCGAAGUUUCACCUAGCGCCCCGACUGCAGGUCAUCCCUCGUGGAAGGGCUGGCUCUAUGAUCACCUUGGCGUUCGUAGGAGGUUGAGGCUAAUCUCUCAGAACCGACACGAAAUUUCGCAACAGUUUACCUCUGUCCUGGACCACCACCCGGCUAAAUGGCUGGGCCUGUUUGAGUACCUCUGGCGGCACGAAGAGUCACUGUUCAAAGAAAAACAGUAUCUCAAAGAAUACUUGAGCGGGCUCCAGAUAGAUGAACUAUGCAAGCCUCCCCUCGAGGUGUACUGUGAGUUGAAGAACUCGUACCUGCCGCUGCCACACCUCCAGCAACAAUGCCGGCGGUUUAUGGGAAAUGACUCUACUCAUUUCCCAUUUCUCAGUCUCGAAGGAAAUGAGGAUGAAGAGGCAUUCCUUACCAAGUGGCUGUUCCUCCACACGAAAUUUCAAGUGCGCAAAGAGGACGACACGCGGUUUCUCCUAGACAUGCUCUUUCGAAUAUCGAACGUCGAAUCCACGAGUGCGUUGACCGACAAGUGCCGGACGAUAAUGGAUUUAUAUGUCGCCAUUGAAACUAGAUCUCAGGGCGCUACAGAUCGACAAGCUGCCAAGGACGCAAUUGAGCAUUUAUUCUGGGAGACUGAAGAGGCUGUCAUCCUGAUUCCGGCGCGAGGAGCACCCGAGGCGACCUGGAAAGCUGCCACGUCUUGUCGCUGGAAGGCACCAUCCGGCAUGGUUUCGUUAUUCCCACUCGAGCACCUCUAUUCCCAAGUGGGCAACAAGGAUCAAAUGAGGAUUCUUUCACGUUUCUUUUCGAAAACACUCAAGAUUGAUGAUGUGUCCUGGAGGGAUCUGCGGGGAGAACUGGCGAAACUAAGGGAUCAGGGCUGCGAUGACCUCGACCGCAUCCGUGGCCUCUACUUGCGAACAUUCGAGGACGACGCCCUUAUAUUCGUCGUAAAGGACGGUCAGGCCGGCUGGUACAAGACGUCUGACUGCCUGUGGUCCAGUACGACAGACAUCAGUGGCAAGGUCACGUUGAAUGAUGACUACGAAGACCUGAGGGAACUGUUCGUGGAAAACCUCGGCGUAAAGACGCUAACACUCCAGAUGGUAUAUGACGAGCUGCUGCAGACAGAUGCGCAGGCGUCCAUUGACGAUGUCAAGGCCACACUCUGGUCGCUGAAUGCGCUCUUGCAGACAGAGAAGGAGCUCCCUGAUCCUGUGCCGCUCCAUAGAAUACCAAUUUUCCCCGUGAAGUAUGCGAGUGGCAAUUUAACUCUGAGGACGAUCGGAGCGGGUUUUGCCAUCGUUGAUAACGAGUCAUUGGCGGAUAAGUUCAGGAGCCGAAUCAAGUUGCUCGACUUCAGCAGAGAGGAGGUUCUGCGUCUGAAGCCUUUUAUCAGAUGGGUAGGACUCGCGAAUAAUUAUCUGUCAGCUGCCGUGAGGGAGAGCACGUCGGUUGCCGAAGCCGACUCGAGGCCCGUCUCGACCCCAAUCCACGAUAUCAAGCGGAAAGCGCAUGCAAUCUCUCGUAUCGCGGCUCAUUUUAACAGUCCCAGAUACAAAGCCGGACCCAGCGAGUUGUACCAGCUGCUGCGGAGCGCUGUGACCACCGAAACCACCGGCAUUUCGUCCGUGCUACGGAUAUCCCAGGACGGGCGGUCUACGGAGCUAGAGACUGCCAUUGGUGACCUGCACAUCGAUGACAGCUCGUCGCACCUCACCUUCUUCGUGCCGAGGCACAAGAAAGCAAGAGAAAUCUGCUACCUGAGCGCUCUGCCCAUAAAUCUGGCGAGUUGGCUGAUGCGGGAUCCUGUGACCCAGAUUCCCGAUGCAGUUGAGGAAUUCGCGGUUCGAGCGCUUGUGACGAUUUUGGGCGCCGAUCCAGCGUCGGUCGACGCACUUCUUGAGCGCCUGAGCAUCAUAAACAUCUCCAUCCCGAACGAGGACGUGAAUGUGGCCGAAGAUGAGGAGGAUGAAGCUUCCGUUGCCGGAAGGGGCGAUGAUGCUGAAUCUCUGGUGCAGCCCAUGACGCCGGACACGGCAUCGAACGAGCGAGAACCGGCCAUGCCGACUGAGACCCGACUGGCGCCCCUUUCUGGAACGUAUCCCGACUUGUCGAGUAGCGACGCCGAGGUCACCCACACGGUCUCUCAACGUAGCCAUAUGGCCUACCAUUCAGUUGUCCAGCCACACUCUAUGCCCUCAGCAUAUCAUGCGACGAUUCUUCAAGGGUCAACGAGCGAGGAUGCUCUGUACCUUCGGCUGCUGACGAAGGUCGUCGACGCGGCGAGACAAGCCGUGUUCCCGUCGCAAGGCAUCUUCGACAUGAGCAACCUCCGAGACGCACUUCCAGAAAGAUCAAUCGACGCCUGGCAAGGCGGCUUUGACGGCCCCGACGUCGAGAGCCGGUUCCGCUCCACGAGUCAACUUGAGCGUGACAGGAAAAUUGGUGCCGCCGGUGAGCUAUACAUGCAAGACAUUCACAAUGCGCGUGGGCAUGAUGAGGUGUACAUGAUCCUACGUGUGUGUAAUAUCGAACGUAGCGACAUUGGGAUGUGCGUGUAUAUGGACCCGGAGAGGCUGAGGGUGGAUGGCCGUCUGGAGUUUACUGGGGAGACGUGGUCUGUUGUUCCUUCGGCGGACUCACGACGGACGUAA